AACAAUGCUAUAGAUGGUAGUUCAUUUAUCAUCGUCGUUACCUAUAGACUUUGACUCUGGACAUUUCAGUAUUGUAUCCACUAGCGUACGGAAGGCUUCAAGCUCAUACUACACGCUUAUAGUUUCGGCUAUUCAUCUAAUUCAACUAAUCACUAAUUGGCAAUUUUUUAGCAGUGAAUACUAAUAAUCUAUUGUAAAUAUUCAACGGAAGGCUAAAAUCUACUACGCGUCUACAGUUUCCGCUAUUCCUCUAAUUUAACUAUUUCACUAAUUGACAAUUAUUUAUUAACUGUGAAUAGACUGUGUAUUCAACCAAUUUAUCUCUCGGAUGCGUUUUUUUCUACCAAAUUUCGUCAAUGAACAUUUUCAUGAUAAACAUCGACAAUGUUUAAUUUUCGAUUUUAAUUUGUUUUAACAGAGUGCGUGAAUUGAGACCGGUUGUCAAAUUCUAUCAAUAAAAUUUCGUUUUAGUUUCCGAAAUAUUUGUGUCGUAGGAUUGUGUAGAAGUCAUAGUGAGUGCGGUAUCGGUUUUGUGUGGAAAGUUUGUAUGUUCAUUGAAAUAAAUUAACAAUUGAUUUAGUGAAUUUUGUGAAAUUACAAUACAAGUGCGGAUAAACAAGUGGGAAACUCUGUUCAUGCAAUCAAUUUAUUGAGGAGCCAUGACCGUGACGAAACCUUUGAGCUGCACUACAUCAGAGGUGGCAACCACCCCCAAGGCCCACCCCCAGGCGUGAGGUGGAGUGUGGGGGCGGCAGACCACUGCCUCCGGAGGCGGCCCGAGCUAAUACCCAGGGCCAGGUUGGUUGGAAAAGGACAGAGGAAUCCAGUGAGUCGAGCUAAUAGCAUAUCCACAUCGGCUCCCUAUACUGGGUGCAGGCAUUCCACAAUGUUUUCAUCGUUAGAAUCUCUAUCGGCAGACAACUGUAGUUCAGAAUGGGCCGAAUGGGAAGUGCAAGUCACCAGGAACGGAACCACAGGUCAGAUACUCACCAACGGAAAACCACAACUGCACAAACUGGCAACGUCGCCUAUCGUCCUUGAGACGCAGACUGAUAACGAAGACGAAACACAAACCAUAAAGAAACUAACCGUCAACACAGAAAUCGAAAUCUCCGAAGUUCUAGAAGAAAGAGAAGAAGAAUACGAACUACACAAAAACAAGAACUGAACAACAAUGAAGAAGGAAUAGCUAAAGAAGAACAACAUCAAAUGCAAGAGAGAGAAGAAGAAAUCCGAAAACCGAGAGUAAUAGAAGAUAGAUUGGUACAGAAGAAUGGUAUAGAGGAGAAGGAUGAAGAGAGAGAGGAACAGCAGGAGGAGUUGGGAAAGAAAGAAACAGUGAUAAUGACGAAUGGAAGUAGAAAAGUAAAUCAGGAGAAAGCACCUAUCUUGGGAAGUCGGUAUGAUAAGGUAUAUAGGCGGAAGGAGCGACCAUUUGGAGCUACUUAUAGACGCAGAGAACAGCAACAAAAAGAGAAACUGAAACAGAAGUUCGAAGACUACGGCCACAGACAGCAGUCCAAAGACGUGAACGGUGAUAAAGAGGAGGAAGAAGAAGGAGGAGACGAAAAUGAAGAGAAACAAAAAGCAGUGGAAGAAAUACAGAAAAUCCACGAGACUAUCACCCCCAACUCGACUAUCAACUCCAACACUUCUAGCUCGACUAUCACCUCCAGUUCUUCUCCAAAUCUAGGUCUACCUCCCCAGGAGACCACAUACUAUGAGGACGAAUACUGUUAUGAGCCUGAGAAGAAGUUAUCAACGUCGAAAACCGUACUGAGAACAAGGAGCAUGAUAAACCUGGAUGCCGAAGAAGGGAAACCGUUUGUCAGGAAGACGUUGUCUGAUUUGUUGGUAGCAGACUGUAAACACACGACCGAUAGUAACCCAGCAAUUAAUGGAAAUAAUCGUAUGAGUAAUGGGGAUGCUAAGUUUAGGUACCUGAACGCUUUCAACAGCCGUAGCACAACCAACAUCAGCACACUACCGCCUUCGCGCACCCCCCAGUCACGCGGCCCCCUAGGCACCAGACAAAUGUCCACGUCCACCUUCAGCCUGAGACCCCAAGGUGGCAACCAAUCAGAUUGCGAGGAAGGAGAAGAGGAGGGAGAGAACGACAAGGAGGAACUACGACGGAAACUGCGUCAUCUGCUGACCAAUGAUCGACUGGUCAUAAAGGAAGGAAGACGCAAUAUGGACACUGCCACACUGAGGAGAUGUUUCUACCAUCCGGUCAGGGUCAACAGGGAACUCAUUGAUGAGGAGUUGCCUGAUCCUGACCAGGUGAAACUAGCCCGUGACAAAUUCGAACGGGUGCUGAAGAUUCGCGGCCCUGACGCGCCCCGCUCCGCCACACUGCCUCUCAGCCGCACCGCCUCCGACAAGCGUCCCACCCCCGAGAUACGGGUGCCACCGCCCCAACCGCCUCCACAUCCCACCGUCCCCAAGUGGACCGACACUGGCAGCCUCUCGUCGGGGGUGUCUUCGGGGGCCGAGGAUAGUAGCAGCUCCUGUGGAGGGGAUGACGACAUGCACCAGGUGUCGUCGGAGAUCAUGAAUCGGAUCCGAGCGUGUGGCACGACUGUCACUUAUUACGGCGGCAAGGUAAUAUCACAGAGCAGCGGCCCACCUAGUCCACUCACUUCAACCAUCAUGGAAGAAAUCAAAUUCAGAUUGGAAGUCAGAGAUCGAAUGCAGUUUCAUGAGGAAUUCGCCACAAAUGGCGAUCACUGACCUCUUAAAAUUCAACAAAAAUUG